AUGUGUCCAGGCAACAGUCGAGCUAUCGCUGGUAUACACCGUGUAGAAAGCCUGAAUGCUGGUACAGUCCGAGACAGUCCUGAUGAUCUGGCCGCUUUAGAAGAAAGAAAUAUGAUGAUUGAAAGUUCCGAGGUAUAUGACUGACUGUACACGUACACUAAGAAUUCAAUGCAAACACCCUAUUUGCUUGUGAUUUUGUGAUGAAUAUAUCAGUUGGACACCAGUUUAGAAUUGACAGAGCUAUCCGGUAUAAAUGAAGAUACUUUGGUUAAGAUUCCUUCUGUAUAUAGUAGCACUGGAUAGCCUUUACCGGACCUCUAUUGGGAGAACAGUUUAGAACUAGUAGAGCUAUAUGCAGUAUAAAUAAAGAUAGUUUAGUAAAUUUAAGCUUCCUCCUGUAGUGACACAGGAUCAAUAUGAUACAUCCUUAAUUGGACCUCUAGGGUGAACAAAUAGAGCUAUCCAGUAUAAAUAAAGAUAGUUUAGGUUUCCUCCUGCAGUAAAACUGGAUCAAUAAAAGAUUAUCCUUACCGUACCUCUAGGGACUGAUAGAGUUAUCCAAUAUAAAUAAAGGUGGUUUAGAUAAUGUUUCCUCCUGUAGUAACACUGAAUCAAUGAGACAUGACAUGAUCCUUACUGGAUCUUUAGGUACAACAGUUUAGAACUGAUAGAGCUAUAUAGUAUAAAUAAAGUUAGUUUAAAUUUCCUCCUGUAAUAAAGCUGGACAAGUAUGAGAUAACUUUUACUUGAACUCCUGGGAGAACAGUUUAGAACAGAUAGAACUAUCCAGUAUAAAUAAAUUUAAUGCUACUUGAUUUUUUGCUCUUAUUCAUAGGAAAACUCGGACGACGAUGACUGGGAUCUGAUGAAUCGACGAGAAGUGGUAAGAGGAAAAAAUUAAUUGUUUUAAAAGUUAUAAAGUUUGUUCGUUCACUGCAACCAGGUAUAUCAAUCAUGUUUCGCUCGCUACUCUGGUUUAAAUAAAUGAUUACAAAGCCCAGUCGAAUUGUAAUCAAGACCCAACGUUUCGACACUCCAGUCUAGUGUUUUUAUCAGGGGUGAUCUGAAACUGCGAUCGUGGCUUCUUAAAUACCCAAGGGAUGACGUCACCUGCCAAGAAGAUGCAUAUAUUCUUCUGGCAAAUAGGCGCCGUCAUCCCUAUUCAAAGCAUGAUGACUCAUAUUUAUAUGCCACGCUUCUAGGCAAAGUCUUUGACCGUAACGAUUUAUUUAAACCAGAGUAUUUAAACCUUUGUAAUCAUUUAUUUAAACCAGAGUAGCGAGCGAAACAUGAAUGUUUUAAAAGUUGUUCUUUCUCCCAUUCUUCCUACCUCUGAAUAGAGUUCCCAUUUGUAAUUGCAUCCUUAUCUUCUAUUUUUAGUGGUUUUGA